AUGACGUAGCCCUCUUCAGCGGCGGCCAUAGAAAACCUCGUGGGUCUUCAUUUUUGUCGAUCAAAUUUCAGGAUUAAAAAUGAAUCCUGAGAAAUUGAAGCAGCUGCAACAGCAAGUACGCAUAGGAGGAAAGGGUACAGCAAGAAGGAAGAAGAAGGUGGUACAUCGCACAGCAACAACAGAUGAUAAGAAACUACAAAGUUCACUGAAGAAACUCUCUGUCAGUAACAUCCCAGGAAUUGAGGAGGUGAAUAUGAUCAAGGAUGAUGGUAUGGUCAUCCACUUUAAUAACCCAAAGGUGCAAGCCUCACUUGCUGCAAACACAUUUGCAAUCACAGGACAGGCCGAGAACAAACAAAUAGCAGAGAUGUUGCCAGGUAUUCUUAAUCAACUAGGAGCUGAAAGCUUAAGUAGUCUCAAAAAGCUUGCAUCGUCUGUCACUGGUAGUAUGUCAGGAGGCUCAGGAGACAACAAGCCUGCUACAGAGGACAUUGAUGAUGACGAUGAUGUUCCAGAUCUGGUUGGGAACUUUGAUGAGUCAUCCAAAAUGGAAUGAUCUAAGUUUCAACAUUAAAAGCAUGUUCAGACACUACUGGUUUUGCUUGUACUAUGAAAGCUGUUGGACUUGUGUGAAUAUCAAAAAAUACCCUGACCCAAUUUUAGCGCUUUAUCAACAAAAUGACAAUAAAAAUGAAGACAUGGUCGCAAUGGAAAAAAUCGUCCCAACAUGGGAUACUAUUAUUGCCAGUGAAAUGAAGAUUGGCAUAAUAAUGUUAUUGUACAAUAUUUACACAAUUAUAGGAAAACAUUUUAUGGACGCCUUUCAUAAUAAAUCCACUCACUAUAGUACUUGGACACCGGACGACAAACAGCUGUUUUUACAAAGAUAUCUUGACCAAUGUCCAAGUACAAAUAAAAACUUUUUCUCAC